AUGGCAGCUGCUUUGUCGAGCAGAUUUCUCAAGGGAAUUGGUAGCCUCCAGGCUGUUCGUUCUAGCAGAUUGGCAUCUGCAUCAGUCAAUCAAAAUGGGAUGAUGAGAUUCUCCUCUACAGUGCCCAGUGAUUCAGACACACAUGAUGAUUUCAAGCCUGCACAGAAAGUCCCUUCCGGUUCUACGGACUCACUCAAGGAUAUCGUUGAGAAUGAUGUGAAGGAAAAUCCUGUUAUGAUCUACAUGAAAGGUGUCCCUGAAUCUCCUCAGUGUGGGUUUAGCUCACUUGCCGUAAGAGUUUUGCAACAAUAUAAUGUUCCUAUCGGUGCUAGAAACAUUCUAGAAGAUCAAGAAUUGAAAAAUGCUGUCAAAUCCUUCAGCCAUUGGCCUACAUUUCCACAGAUCUUCAUUAAGGGAGAGUUUAUUGGUGGCUCAGACAUCAUUCUUAACAUGCACAAGGAAGGUGAAUUGGAGGAGAAACUUAAAGAUGUCUCCGGAAACCAAAAGUCUCAAUAA